AUGCCCUUUCUGGUAUGGGUGGUUCGUGAUGGCCAAGUUAACACAGAUGUGGCCUCUAACGCCAGUGUCGCUUUGCUCUCUGUGGGAGCAGUUACAGCCGCGUUUAUUGUGGGUCCUAUCUACGAUCUUCUUGGAUGCCAGAUCUGUCUCUUGUUAGGAGGAUGGACCUAUGCUCUUUACGCCGGUUCGCUUCUCGCAUAUAACCACCACCACAAUGGAGGUUUUGUGAUUGCUGCAGGUGCCAUUCUCGGUCUAGGUGCGGCUUUCCUUUGGAUCCCCCAAGGUGUUAUCAUGACCACAUACGUCCCAGAGGCCCAGAAGGGCCGUGCCAUUGCGGUGUUCUGGAUUAUCUUCAAUCUGGGUGGAAGUGUUGGUUCCUUUGCCUCGCUCGGCUUGAACUUCCACUCCAGCAAGGGAACCGUUUCGGACUCCACCUACAUUGCUUACAUCGUGAUCAUGCUUUUUGGUUGGGUUGUGGGUUCGCUGUUGCUUGUGACUGAAAAGCAGCUCAACGGCAAGUACACCGGUGCGAGAACCUCCACCAUCAAGGAGAAGUAUGCAGGUAUGUCUCUUUCGAGAACCUUGGCAACGUUCAAGUUUGCAUUUAGUGUGCUCACUCAAUGGAGAAUGUUGUGUCUGAUUCCAAUGUUUUUCUAUGCGAACGUAUUCUACACCUACCAGCAGAAUGCGGUCAACGCAGAGACUUUCAACAUCAGGACGAGAUCGCUGAACUCUGCCCUUUAUUGGCUUGCUCAGAUGUUUGGUGGUCUUUUCAUGGGUGCCGUGCUGGAUUUCGGCAGAUUGACCAGAAAACAGAGAGGAUGCGUUGCGUGGACCAUCCUGUUCGUUACUGGCUUCUGUAUUUGGGGUGGUGGAUAUGCGUUCCAACUCUGGAGCAACAAGCGCAUUGCUGCCGGCCAUAAACAAGACGUGGACAUGAGAGACAGAAUAUACAUCGGCCCAAUGUUCUUGUAUAUCUUCUACGGUAUGUAUGAUGCCUUGUGGCAGGGAUUCUGCUACUGGAUGAUUGGUGCCAACUCCAACAACCCAGCCGUGAAUGCCAUCAUGGUCGGUGCUUAUAAGACAUCGCAAUCGUGUGGUGGAGCCAUGGCAUGGCGUCUUAGUUCAACUCACGUGCCAGCUAUGAACCAGAUGGCCAUGAACUGGGGAUUGACAAUUGGAACUCUUUUGAUUGCCGUUCCAUCGGUCCUGACCAUCUCGCUCACCUCGCAGGAUCCCGGGAACACUAUUGAGGGCAAGGACGAGGAGGCCGCCCCAGAGUUUGUUACCGCCGAUGAGAAGGUUGAGCUUAAAUGA